CAUCACCGACGAUGGUUUUCAUUUGGGUUAUCCUUCUUUGUUUAUGGUCCAACAUGGAUUGAUUGGCCGGUGCUUUUCAGAAAUACCCCGGUAGUGGGAUAUGAUUCAGGGGUUAGAAGGGUUGAUAUUGGUUGAGCAGUUUUUGAUACACGCUUCUAGUUCUGAUUGUGCUUUAUUCUUAUUCCCUCAUUGGUUUUCUCUUGUUGUAUGUGUACAUAGUUCAGCUUCCUCACGCAAACGUUUUGCAUUUCUGCAAUUUGCAAAUCAUUUUCUCAUUCCUUGGUUCAGUUCUAAAAUUCCGGGCCUUGCGGUGACGGCCUCAGCUUUGUUCAUAUGGCAUUAGCAUAUAAAAGAUACACUGUUUUGAAUGCAACCUAAUAGUCCCAUUUUGAUCAAGAUACGGGUUCAACCUCGCUCAAUCUGGACGU